AUGUCCUUCGUGGCAGCUCUGAGACGCACAACUGUGGAGUACUUUCGGAAGACAAGCCUCAAUGGCUUUGGGUUGCUGUACUUCCUCAGGAGGCGGAAGAUCCAGCGACUCUUCUGGUUCUCGUUCAUCGCCUUCGGCAUCCUGUUCGCCAGCUAUGCGGUGUUUGCCAUGAUCCUGGCCUUUCUCAACUACUCCACCGUCAUAGAUCUCUCCCAGGUGGAGGUGUUGGAGGAGCAGCUACCACUUCCGGAGCUAAGGAUCUGCAGUGGCUAUAGGUUCAGUCGCAGGAGCAUGCACAGGUAUGCGGAGGAACUAGGACAUCUGAGUAACAAGUCACAGGACUAUUGGCUGGAAAAGUUGCCUUACCUCUCUGGCUUUUAUGAUUCCUUGGCUGUGAAGUCGGAGGAUAUUGAAGAACUUAAAGGACCACUAGCCUCCACCAAUAUUACUGCCCUUUUGAAGAAACUAUCGCCUUCCUGCAGGUCUCUAAUCCUUCGCUGUGAGAUGAACCAUCUCUCCACAAGCUGCUCUGAGCUAUUUGGCUUGGAACUGACCACCGAGGGAAACUGUUGUGUUUUGAAGAAGGAAAACCUGACCGGGGAACUGUCACUCUUCCUCGACUCUUCCCGGGAAGAUGCAUUCCCCCUGAAAGGGGAGACCGCUUUGGGCUUCACCUUUCACACUCCCAAUUGGCUCGGAAGAGCUAGUGUUGGUCCAGGGGAAGUGGCCGUAUUGGAGCUGGAAGUAACUCAGCUUCAAGGAAACUCCCAGCUAAAGGACUAUUCCACCCGAAAACGAGGCUGUUACUUUCCCCAAGAGAGCUCACCCAGGGACAGGUGCCUAGAUGAGUGCCGAAUCAAAGCCCAUUUAAUUAACUGCCAGUGUGUGCCUUAUCCUUUCGAGUUGAAGAAUCCCCACCAGAAGCACUGUACACUGGGAGAAAUAUCCUGCCUGCAGUUGGUAGAGGAAAACUGGUCCCCUUCGCAGUGCCCCGAGUGCCUGCCGUACUGCAACCAGAUGUUCUAUAGACUCCACAAGAGUGUCCUUGGGAACUUACAUCCUUGGCGCACUAAAGUGUCUAUAUACUUCCGGAAGCCCCAUAGAAGAGUCUACGAAACCAUACAACUCUACCGCUGGUACCACAUAUUGUCCAACAUUGGCGGAGUCCUGGGCAUCUGCAUCGGCUGCUCCUUCAUCAGCGGCUUCGAGCUGAUCUACUUCGUGGUGUUCCGUCUCUGGUCCAACUACCUCCGGCAGGCGGAGAGCUAA